AUGUCUAGUCAGAUGAUUACUGUUAGCAUUGGAGGUGUUCUUGUAUCUGGAAUUCAUGCUCAUGUGGGUGUAGUCCAAAGAAUAUUUUUAUGGAGUGAGACGGAGCAAAUUAGUGAGUUAAAGCAACCUUGGCUUGCUAUAGGAGAUUUCAACUCUAUUGUUUCUUCUGAAGAAAAGGUUGGUGGCAGAGCUGAUAAUAGAAGAGUUAUGCAAGAAUUUAACACUUAUUGGGGUUAUAAAGUUGGGUUGAGAAUUGCCUCUGAUCAUGCACCUCUGUUAGGAGGAAGUAAAAUUUGGUUAACUCAUCCUGGAUUCAUGGAGUUGGUUUCUAAAUGCUGGAAUGAACAUGUUGCAGGUGAUCCUCCUUUUGUUUUACUACAAAAAUUGAAAAAGUUAAAACAUAUUCUGAGAGAUUGGAAUUGGAGUGUGUUUGGUAAUGUAAAUGUCAAAAUUAAAGAAGCUGAGGAAGAAGUUAAGAGAGCAAUGCAGUUAUCAGACAACAAUCCUGCUGACACUGAACUUUUAGAAAAUUUGGUUAUCGCUGAAAAUACUUAUAAUUCCAUAGAGGUACAAUUCAAAACUAUGUUACAACAAAAAACUAGAACAAAAUGGGUCAAGGAGGGGUCAGCUAAUACUAGCUUUUUCCAUACUAAUUUGAAGAUUAGACAAUCAAUAAAUUUCAUUAGUGAGCUGGAAGACAGUAAUGGUGACAUAAUCUCAGAUCAUAAAAAGAUUGUUGAAACUUUAGUAAAUCAUUUUGAGCAUAAAUUUCAAUUUCAAGAAGCUGAAGAAGCUGAUUCUCUUCUUGAAGUUAUCCCAGAGGUUAUUACUGAACAAGAUCAACAAAUGCUUGAUGCAAUUCCAACUUCAGAUGAAAUAAAAGAAGUUGUUUUUGGUAUGGAUCCUGAAAGCUCUCCAGAUCCAGAUGGUUUCUCUAGUUUACUUUAUAGAGCUUGCUGGGAUAUUAUUCAAGAUGAUGUUCUUCAUGCCAUUCAAUUCUGCUGGAAAAGAAGAUUCAUACCAAAGGGACUCAACUCAAAUUUUCUUGUUCUACUUCCGAAAAUUGAAGGUGCUAAAUCUCCUAAUCAUUUCAGACCAAUUGGUCUUAGCAAUGUCAAUUUCAAGAUAAUUACCAAAAUAAUCAAUACAAGAAUGGGUUUUCUGAUGAUAAAGCUUAUAAGUCCUCAGCAGGUGGCUUAUAUUAAAGGCAGAAGUAUACAAGAGCAAAUCAUCUUAGCAUCUAAAUUGGUGAAUGAAAUGAGGAAAAAGAGAAGAGGAAGAAAUGUAGCAUUAAAACUUGAUGUCUCCCAAGCAUAUGAUUUAGUUAAUUGGAACUUCUUAUUUCAAGUCUUAUACAAGUAUGGCUUCUCCAAAUCUUGGUGUCACUGGUUACAAAUCUUGUUUGAAUCAGCAAAAUUUUUAGUAAUGAUUAAUGGUGGACCACAUGGUUUUUUCUCAGUGAGCAGAGGUCUGAGACAAGGUGACCCUUUGUCUCCAACUCUAUUUGCCAUUAUGGAAGAUGUUUUGAGUAGAUUUAUUCACAAAAUGGUAGAGGAAGGCAGGAUAGCUCCAAUGGUCAUAAAAAAAGGUGUACAUCCAACACACUUGUUUUUUGCUGGUGAUGUCUUUAUUUUAUGCAAUGGUUCCAAGAAGAGUGUAGAGAAUCUAAUGACUUUGCUGGAUAAGUAUCAAAAGGCAUCUGACAGAUAA